UGAAUACGUGUAAAGAUAAUAUUUUGAUUUUUAAUAACUAUUUACAUUGGCUUACUAAAAUAAAUAAUUUAAAUAAAAAUAUAUACAAUUUAUACCGUAUACUUAAUCGUAAAGUUGUACUAUACAGUACGAGAGACAAAUUUUCGCGAUAAAGUGUUCGAAACGUCAGUGAAAAAAUUGUCUACUACAAUUUUUUAAGUCAGUUUUGAAGUAUAAUAUACCAUCAAUAAGAUCACCACCUAUGGAUUGAACAUAUUAUUUAGGUAUGGAUGAUUCUAGCAGACCGGUUGAAGUUCAGUCAAAUGGUACUGAUGAGCGCGAAAAGACGACCGACGAACUGAAAACAUGUCAAACAGUUAACGGAGAAAGACAGUUGUCGAACAGUUUGUCAAGUCGACAAUGUUAUCCUGGAAAAACAAUGCACGUGAUAACACCUGGGUCAAAAACAUACCAUUCUAUUAAAAAGUCACCCGACAAAGAACCAAAAUUUGUGCCCUACGAACCCUACAAGGCGGCCGUACGUUCAAUUGUGCCCGAAUUGACUCAACCGAUAGUAUUCAAGAGACGACUGUCAACUACAUCUACUUGCAGUAAAGCAUCCAACACGGUCGAAGAAGAUGUGCUAGUCAAACUAGUUACGGAAAAACAAACUCUUGAAAACGAUGUGCGUACACUCAAAGAACAAUUGAAAAUUAUGGAACAACAAAUGGGGUCUCAAGCGCAAAUAAAUAAUGAACUUAAAACUAUGCUCGUAGCAUCGAUCGGAGAAGACGUUGAAGCUAAAAUACAGAUGUUAACGGAAGAUAAGGUGCUGUUAGCACAUAAACUUCUUAACUACACAGGCGCAUUAGCUGGUCGUCAAGACCAAUUAGAAACUGUUGCGGGCGAAAGAGAUGUUUUACGGAGCAAGUUUUUAGCCGGCAGUUUAAUAAUUGAAGACUUAUCUAAAUGGAAAUCUUUCCUAUGCAAUCGUGUAGACGAUUUAGAAGCUGUACUGCAAUCUGUAUUAGACGAGAAUAGAAAAAAUAGACAUCUUCUGAAAUCGGCUCACGAGAAUUUGAGGCUUUUACAAAAUGAAUAUAAACUAGAAACUCUUACCAAACAAAAACCACUCAAUAGUACAACUAUAGCUGAAGACAUUAAUAGGAUAUCGUUCAUUCUUAAACGACAUCUUAUAAAAUCUCCAGCUCAAGAACUUCAAGUCCACGCUGCUGUCCACCAAACCGAGGCUGAAUCUCGGGCCCAACAGCUGUUAGGACAAUCGUUACCUAGAGAACAAAUGAAUAACGUUGACGCUACGUGUAAUGCCAUAAUGGAAGCGUCACAAGCCUUAGAGUCGAAUAUACAGCUGUGCUGCAUGCAUUGUACAGGCAGUGUAAAAUAUGUGUGAACUAUUACUUGUAAAAUCUUUGUUAAUUUUUGUGAAUAAUAUAUUUUUGAGCAAUAAUAGAUUUAUUAUACAAUUA